UACCACCUUCGGCUUUUGGCACUUCACAUGCAUCAUCAUCCUUUACUGCCCUUUUCACGGCAUGUCUGUAUACAAUUUCGUUUUUUUUUUAAUUACAUUUUUAUCUAUUUCCAGAAAUAAAGUUAUAAAGAGUGUCGAAUUUUAGAGAGGUAAGGUAUCAAUCUUCCCACCUUCGUGUUGUCACCACCACGCCAAUCAUUGAACACACACACACACACAUGCAAUUUUGAUUCUUUCUCUCCCUCUAACCAUCAAAAAGCUUCAUUUUGUUACUUUUGUGUUCGUGAUUAUUACCUGAGAGCUUCUUCAUGGGCUUUUGAGUUUUGUCUGAAAAUCAAUUUUCCCAAAAAAAAAAGACAAUGGAGUCGGAGAAGACGAGUGUUGUGAGUUCUAUCGCAAGACCGUCAUGGGCAUUCCUUCUCCUUGCUUUCACCGUCUUAGCCAUUCUCUCUCACCAAAUCUCAUCCAAUUCCUUUCUCCCUCUCUUCAUCCCCACCACGACCCAUCUACAUGACCCGCUUACCUGCUCCGAGUUUUUCAUUCACGACCCGUCCCCGAAACGAAUCGUCAUGUCCAUUACAGAUUUCGGCGGAGUCGGAGACGGCAAGACGUCGAAUACAGAGGCUUUCCGCCGCGCCGUACAGCAUCUCCGUAGUUUUGCCGCAGAGGGUGGGGCCCAGCUUAAUGUCCCGAAGGGCACGUGGCUCUCCGGUAGCUUUAAUCUUACCAGCAAUUUCACUCUCUUCCUCGAACAAGGCGCUGUGAUUCUUGGAUCCAAGGAACUUGAGGAAUGGCCAAUAAUAGAGCCAUUGCCUUCUUAUGGAAGAGGGAGAGAGAGACCUGGUGGUCGACACAUUAGCCUCAUUCAUGGAGACAACCUCACCAAUGUUGUCAUUACAGGAGAGAAUGGUACAAUCGAUGGACAAGGGAAAAUGUGGUGGGAGUUAUGGUGGAACAGAACAUUGGUGCAUACUAGAGGCCAUCUUAUUGAGAUCAAGAACUCUCAUAAUAUCCUCAUCUCUAACCUCACUUUGCUCAACUCUCCUUUCUGGACUAUCCAUCCUGUUUACUGCAGCAAUGUUGUAAUUAGAAACAUGACCAUCCUUGCUCCAAUGAAUGCUCCUAACACCGAUGGUAUAGACCCAGACUCAAGCACCAAUGUCUGCAUUGAGGACUGUUACAUCGAAAGCGGUGAUGACCUUUUAGCUGUGAAGAGCGGGUGGGACCAGUACGGAAUGGCCAUGGCACGUCCAAGUUCAAACAUCAUCAUAAGACGAAUCUCUGGCACUACACGAACUUGUUCAGGUGUUGGAAUAGGAAGCGAGAUGUCUGGUGGGAUAUUCAACGUAACCAUCCAGGACAUUCACGUCUGGGACUCAGCAGCUGGGCUCCGCAUAAAAACAGAUAUAGGGAGAGGAGGUUACAUUUCGAAUAUAACCAUUAGUAAUGUAUUCUUGGAGAAAGUGAAAGUUCCAAUAAGGUUUAGUAGAGGCUCAAAUGAUCACCCGGAUAAUAAGUGGGAUCCAAAAGCUAUGCCGAGAGUGAAAGGUAUAUAUAUUAGCAAUGUUGUGAGUGUGGAUUCAAGAAAGGCUCCAAUGUUGCUUGGUGUUGAAGGUGCUUCGUUUCAAGACAUAUGUUUGAGGAAUGUUACGAUUCUUGGGUUGCCUCAGAUUGAAAAAUGGAAAUGCAAGGAUGUUUCAGGGUAUGCUAGUGAUGUUUUUCCUGUGUCAUGUCCACAACUGUUGCAGAGGAAAGGUUUGGUCUCUCACUGUGAAUAGAUGAGUUUUUGAGGUUCUGAUUGAACGGUGUUUUGGUUGGUUAGUUUUUAGAGUUACAUAUGAUGAUGAUGGUAGAGGAGGCAAUGAGUUUGAACAAGUUUUUUUGUUUGGGUGAAGAUUCAUGGUCCACUUCACGUGAUGUCAUCUUGGUUUUCAUUUUCACAUUUUUUAAUUCUUAUUUGUGAAUUUUGAUUAUUUUGAUACAUACUUUGUGCAAACGAAACAUACUCAAAUUAUUCAAUA